AAACCACACUGCUCUCUCAAAUGGCUGGAUCUUUUCUUGGUCAAGUUAUGAAGAUGUUGGAGGCAUGCAAUACAAGUACAAGAAAGAAUCAGAUAUCCAGGUAGCAGGAUGCUUGGUGCAUUACAUCCUGACGGACGGGCAACACCCCUAUCAGACAACUACACCCUACUCCAAGGAUCCAGUUGGACUAUCUCAAAAUGUCAGAAUGGGUAACUUCGCUCUUCAAUGUGAAGAAAGAUGGAUAAGACAAAAAGAUAUUAUUAGCAGAAUGCUGUCUAAAUCGAUUGAAGAACGUCCCACCAUUGAGGAAUGCCUUCAGUCUUUCACAUGUUUCAAACACCAGUCUGAUUACACUGGAACCACAAACAACUUUAGCAAUGUGAAUGAAAAUAAAGACAGAACCCAUACAGCGGAUUGCUGUCCCCAAACAUCAGAUGAGAUGGACAUCCUAGAGAGUACUGACAGUGAUUUGCCAGAAAGAGUUUGUAGUGACGUGAUGGAUUCAUCUUCUCACACUGAGGAGGACUUAUAUGAAUUUGAAAUGAACAACACUGAACAACAGGUUUCCCUUUCCCUGGAAAUGUCAGAAGAAGAAACAAGAAAAGCUGAAGGACAAGUAGCAGAGGGCAUCCUAGGAAAACCACUUAUGAAAAUACAUGAAAGUACCCAUGGUUGUUGCUCUCAACAACAUAAUAUCAAAGUGAAAAUGUCCUCAAACAGUGUACAUCAACGCAUCUAUGACAAGAAGAAUUACUGUCUUUACUGUGAGAAGCCUUAUUCAAAAAUUGCAAGACAUCUACAGCAGAAACAUUCUGAAAAAGUUGAAGUUGCAAAGGCACUAGCACACAUCCGAGGCUCAACCAUGCGUGCUCUUUUAUUAUCCAAAGUAAGGAACAUGGGAAACUACCACCAUAACUGUUCAGUCCUAACCUCUGGGAAAGGAGAGAUCAUACCAAAAAGACAAGCAACAUAUGAAUCAACAGCAAUGGACUAUCUGCCUUGCAAGUUUUGCUUUGCUAUGUAUGUUAAAACAGAUCUCUGGAGACAUCACAAACGUUGCAAAUUACAAGUAAAAGAGAAUAUGCCAGUGAAACGAAAAGUUCAGGCAAGUUGUUCUCUGCUGUUGCCCAUGGACUCUGAAGUUUCCAGUGGACUUAAAAAAUUAUUGGAGACAUGA